AUGUCUUCUUUUAGUUUUCAUUCGUACAUUGCGCUAUUACAAUACCUCGGUGCCGACGGCGAGCAUGCCUAUUACGAUAUCUCGUCGAUUUUUUACGAGGAACUGGAGGAUGAGUACCAUGUGACUAUAGGAUCAUCGAUCAAUGAAGCUGAAGUCUAUUGGUUGUGGUACUCUACCAUACGGGAGAUAGAUUUGAUUCAAGCUACAAUCUUCGAGCAAAAAAACUAUGGGGAUUUGGUUGUCUUCUACUACAUACUCCAACAUACUUGGCUUGCUUUGAAGUAUGUCAACCGGACACUGUAUCUCUUCCAUUUGAUUUGUGGGCUUUCUCAUCCGCAUACUGCUGCUACCUAUAUUAAUGUGGCUUUGAUGGAAGACAGUUUGGGGAAUGUCAAUGUUGCCCUUAGGUAUCUGCACGAGUCUCUCAAGUGUUGCCAAAGACUUCUAGGAGUUGCCCACUUACAAACAUCUGCUAGCUAUCAUGCUAUAGCACUUGCUCUCUCGCUUGUGCAUGAUCGGGGAAAGCAACAAUGGCCGUCUUGGAAUCGCGGGCAAAUCCUUAUCAAUCGGGGGAGGAUAAUGGAGAUGGGGGUCGACCGGCCUCAAGGAAAGAAUAAUAAUCUGUACCAACCAGCAGUAGGGCUCGACCGGGGAUCGACCGAUCCAAAGGGGACAUUUGAUCCCGAGAGGAAGAUUGCACAACUAAUCACUAUCAAUUCGGACACUUUUGCAGGUACCGGCGAACUCAAGGACUUGGACCGCACCGAACCGAUCGAUAUGGGGAUACACUGCUAUGAUUUAAUCAGGGCUAUGAUUUCAGCUAAGCAUAGGGGUGCUAGCGAAUGUUAUGAGUACUCAGAGUUAGCGCCCGACUUGAGCUUGAGUACGUUAAAUUUGAACCUAAAAGGGGGAAAUUUUGAAAGUAAACCGCGCAAGAGAAAAUUUGCAUCUGCUCAAAGAGAGAUCGCCAUGGCUACCAAUCAAUCGCAGCUCCUCCCAUCAGAGCUGAUCGAUCGAUGCAUCGGGUCGAAAAUAUGGGUGAUAAUGAAAGGAGAUAAGGAGCUUGUGGGAACUCUCAGGGGCUUCGAUGUUUACGUCAAUAUGGUGCUCGAGGACGUUAGUGGAUUGGAUGUUUUUAGCUGGAAAACUGGCAAUUGCUACAAUGUCCAAGCUCUGAAAAGUGUCCUCUUAAUAUUUAUAUCUUUUACGAUCCAAAGUGAAAUCACUUCAGAAGGCCGACGUAUUACGAAGCUUGACCAGAUUCUUCUCAAUGGGAACAACAUUGCAAUUGUUCCCCAGACUCUGAAUGAGAAUGGUGGCUUCUCCUGA